UAAUUAUUAAUAGUUUCGAUUUCAUAUUUGUUCUCAAAUCCUUUCUAUAUCGUUCGAUGAAGCUGAAUCAAAUCGAAUGUUACAAACAAUAUUAUAAAUAUUGUAAAGCCACGAAGAUAAUUGAGACAAAUAAUCAUAUCGUUUAAGGAAAGAAAAAUACAAAGAUAUAAUUAAAAAACCGAUAAACUGAACAGCAGAUAACCUUGAUUAUCCCCUUUAAUUUAUAUACAUUUAUUACAUUGUUUGGUCAUCGAUCAAAUCGAUAAAACUCAAAAACUAUUAUAUUUCGAAUUAUUUUAACAGUAUCUCGAUUUUGAUGUCACACGUUGCGCGUAAAUACACGGUCAAUCCAUCAAAAAACAUCAUUUAAUCAUAUUUUAUUUACGAAUAUAAACGUCUGUUGUUGUGAGAAAUUGAAUUACACAAAUUCGUUAUCUAUGAAUGAUUAAUAAGCUUAUUUAGUUUACAUAGUAUGCAUUUAUUGAGUAUAAAUAGCAGUUGGAAAUAUCAUCCAACUAGUCGAGGAAAUUGUUCGCAUUUUCAAGUUUCUUGGGGCAACAGUGUCCUAAAGAUCGAAAAAAAUGAAGACCAUCGUCAUCCUACUUUUUACACUAUGCAUCGUUUCUUAUGUGAUGGUUGGUUGUGACCAUGUCGACGAUCUAACACUGUGUUUGGAACAAGAGAAUCUCACUUUUGAUGAUAUUAAUUCUUUACUCGAGGAUAAAAGUGAGAGAACGAUAAGAAAGCGAGGGUGCAUCGAAGCCUGUCUUUUCCAUAAGAUGGCUCUGAUGAACGGUAACAUCUUCGACAUGCAGAAAUUCGAUAUAUAUUUAAACGAAAUGGAGGACAAUCAAAAGGAAGAUAUACUAAAAGUUAUACAACAAUGUGUCAAUAAUGCUAAGAACGAGGAUAAAUGCUUGGCCGCUCAAAAAUUUACCAAAUGUCUUGUCGAUUACGUGAAAUUCUAUAUCAAGCAAUUUAUGUACUCGUUUAACUCAAACUCAACGAGCGAAGAAGAGCGCAGCAACGACUCUCCUUGAUUUAACUACUACAACAUAAAUUAAUUGUAUAAAAACUUUUAAUAAAGUAACGAAUAUCUAAAUGAUGAA